UCAUAAACUCAAAAAAUGUUACCAAUAAUCCCGGCAUGGUUAGGGUUCAUAGUAUUCAUCCUCUCCACCACCAUAUUAUUUCGGAAACAGAAACAACCACCACCACCACCAGGUCCACCGGCUGUGCCGGUAGUAGGUCACCUCCACAUAUUAGGUGAACUUCCCCACCGCACUCUUGAAACCUUGUCCAAAAAACAUGGUCCCAUAAUGUCUCUACGACUGGGACAAGUCCCAACCAUCGUGAUCUCUUCCCCGGAAGUGGCUGAGCUCUUCCUCAAGAAACAUGACACUGUUUUCGCCAGCCGGCCUCUCCUCGAAGCUUCCAAGUACUUCUCCUAUGGCUACAAGGGGAUGAUAUUCGCCGAGUACGGUCCCUAUUGGCGAAACAUGAGGAAAGUGUGCACCUUGCAACUUCUGAGUGCAUCCAAAGUGGAGUCCUUCGCACCUUUGAGGAAGUUAGAGCUCGGAAAAGCGGUUAAAACGGUUGCCAAAGCCGCGGAGGAUGGCAAGGUUGUGAACCUCAGUGAGGUGGUUCAUAGCGUUAUGGAGGAUGUGGUGUAUAAAAUGGUUUUGGGGUGUAACAAAGAUGACAAGUUUGAUUUGAAGGGACUUAUUCAUGAAAUGUUGAUCUUGGCUGGAAAAUUUAAUGUUACAGAUUUUGUGCCUUGGCUUGGACCAUUGGAUUUACAGGGACUUAGACGAAACUUCAAGAAACUCAGUAAACAAGUUGACGAAGUGCUUGAGAAAAUAAUCAAGGAUCAUGAACAUGCUUCUUCAAACGCUCACAACAACAAUGAGAAACAUGGCAACAAGGACUUUGUGGACAUAUUACUCUCACAGAUGCACCAACCAAUUGACCCUUACGACGAACAAAAUCAUGUCAUCGAUCGCACCAACAUAAAGGCUAUUGUCUUAGACAUGAUCGCCGCGGCAUUUGACACUUCCGCGACAGUUAUUUUGUGGGCUUUAUCCGAACUCUUAAGGAAUCCAAGGGUGAUGAAGAAGCUUCAAGAAGAGCUAAGAAAUGUGGUUGGAAUGAACAAGCUAGUGGAAGAGGUUGAUUUACCAAAGUUGAGUUACUUAGACAUGGUGAUUAAAGAGGCGCUAAGAUUACACCCUGCAGGAACGUUUAUUACCCGGAAAUCAAUGAAAGACAUUGUGAUUCAUAAUUAUUACAUCAAGAAAUCUUCAGAGAUACUUGUGAAUUUAUGGGCAAUAGGGCGAGAUCCUAAGGUAUGGUCGAAUAAUGCGCUUGAGUUUUAUCCUGAGAGAUUCUUGAAUAAGAACGUGGAUCUUCGUGGUUAUGACUUUGAGUUGAUACCAUUUGGUUCUGGUCGUAGAGGGUGUCCUGGGAUUCAAUUGGGUCUUGUUACGGUUAAACUUGUCGUGUCUCAGUUUGUGCAUUGCUUUGAUUGGGAACUUCCAUGGGGUAUGAGUCCUAAUGAAUUAGACAUGAGUGAGAAAUAUGGCAUAACAGUCCCAAGAGUCAAGGAUUUGCUUGCUGUGCCAGCGUUUCGUCUUCUUAGAAUAUUGGCACAAGAUGAACCAAGUAAAUAAUAUAUUCACAAUA